AUGACCCCUGCGAUUCCAACAACAGAAGUUCCCAUUCUGAAAAACCUCCCAGGCCUCGCGUAUCUACCGUACCACCAUAUUCGAAAACUUCGAUCCGGUACCUAUGGUCAUGUCCAUCUAAUGAAGUCCACCCACAACCCAGAGAACCUGAUGGCUCUGAAAAUAAUUCCCCUCAGAAAAGGCGUCAAAAAUGUGCGAGAUGAGUAUUACAUCAACCAGAAAUUGAUGAGCAAUGAGUUUAUAAUCAAAGUUUUUGGGAUGAGCAAUCAAUCUGGUAACUGUUAUCUGACUUUGGAGUACGCUGAUGGAGGAGACUUGUUGGAUAUUAUGCCUGGGAAGAAGCCAGCGCCUCCAGAAUUGGGUCAUCAUUUUUUCAAGCAAUUGUUGGCAGGAAUCAAGUACAUGCAUAGCCAAGGAGUCGUUCAUAGAGAUUUGAAGCCAGAUAAUUUGCUCGUUUUUAAGGAGAGAGCAACUCUGAAAAUAGCGGAUUUCGGAAACGCUAGACAUUUUCGAUAUGACGGCAACGAGGUGUGGUUCGCUGAGAAAAAGUAUGGGACCAGGAUGUACAUGGCGCCGGAGGCUUACACUCAUAUACGGUAUCGAGGACCACCAAUUGAUGUUUUUGCAUGUGGACUCGUUUUGGUGGUGGUUUUGACUAGAAUCAAUUUAUGGGAAAGAGCUGAGAAAAACGACCCCAAUUACAUGAAAUGGGUUGCCGGCGGUUCUCCGGAUGGCGAAAACUGGAGCAGUCUUGAUCCUAAAGUAGUUGAGCUCAUCCGACGUAUGCUUCUGAAAUGUCCAUAUUUUCGACACACAAUUGACGAUAUUGAGAAAAGCGAGUGGAUGCAGAUGGAGAGAGAUCAGAAGAAGUUGUGGAGUCAGAUCGAGGAGAUGAAGGAUAAGGUGAGAGAGAAGGCGAAGAAGAAAGAGGAGAAAGCCGAGGAGGUGCUUGAAUAA